GCAGCUGUGGUAGCAAGCAGUUAUGCCAACAGCAGUAACACAGUAACCACCUCCCAGGCUGGACCGGGCACCAAGAGGCUCCGCGAUGCGUCAGGCCCCGCAGAAGAGGAUGCCUCUAAGUCGAUGCCACCCGCUAAGCGCGGACGGACAGGUCCAGUAAUGGAGGGAGGAGAGUGUUUGCUACGAGCGGACGGGCUGGAGGUGGAGUAUCAGGUACCGACGUCCAGCCAGCGGGAUCAGGAGGACGAUGUCAUACUGGUAGACUCAGAGGAGGAAGAAGAGGAAGAUGACGACGAAGGCUUGCCAGAUGACGGAGGAUUGGAUGAUGGCAAGAGUUCGAAGAAGAAACCUGACAAUGAAGAAGUCUACGAGAUGGAGGUUUACAGCCGAGAUGACCCGGAAAUUGCUAACUACGACAUCGGUGAAGGUCCAGACAUAGACGAAAAUAUUACAAACCAAGAUAAUAAUGAAGUUGAAAUUAUCG